GACUAUUUUCCUCAACAGAAACCAAAAAUAAAUAAAUCAGCACGGCUGUAACGAUGGCCACUCGCGUUGGUGUUAGGCAGGGAGCGAGACGCAUGCCACAGACAUGCUGAAUCGGAGAAUUGCCGUUAUGCUUUGAUUCAGCCCUAAGGUCUUUCCACGGAUUGUGCAAAGUCCCGUCUAAUGUAGAGCCGCUGGCAGGAAAUUAUAAAAGAGGACUUUACUACGUGAGAUGCACAGAACAAUUGUUCAAAGUUAAGUCAUUUUGCCUUUCCGGUCUCCCGUUUAGGUUGAAUUCCUUGUUUCGACAUAGAUGAUGUCUCGUGAGUAUGCUCAAAUAAAUUUACUGUGCUGGAUGAAUAGUUCCGUGUGAUGCGUCUCCAACCUCAAGCAGAACGUUCGAUCGCGGCCUCAGUAAACUAGAAGGAGAGGAAGAUAAAGCCCGGGUCAAGAAGAUUACGCACUUGAGCGAUGGAGCACGAACCAGCUUCGGGAUAAGAUGCUUCAUUGUGGAUCCUAAGAACGUCGUUCACAACUUUGAAUUAUUUUUAAUGCGCGAUGUGCAGGAAUUCCACGCCAACAAGCCCUUCAACUCCGAGAGGAAGUGGGAGUGAAUGUGGAUCACUGUGGAGGGACAUUAUCAGAAGCUAUAAUGAGGCCCGAAUACUCUUGCAAUUCUUCUGAUGGUAGCAACUUCCCGGAGGAAAUAUCUGACCAUUCCAGUGCUACUGCGGGGUCUGAAGAUUUUGUUACUGAGGACGAAAAUACUGCAGCCACUCUUUUUGCUGACAUGCAGGACAACGAACGCAUAUUGCGCUGCUUCUACAAUGCCCUUGCCAGCGGAAAUACAGUCCUAGUGAAUUCUCUGCUGGCCAAAGACCUGGAUCUCUGGUUCCACGGGCCACCCUGCCACCAACACAUGAGCAAGCUGCUGACAGGAAUCAUCUCAUUUCGAUCUGUUACCCUGAUUCCGUCGAGCAUUCUUGCUACUCACAAUAUUGUGAUUGUUGAGGGCGAAAGUUUUUGCCAAGAGGUUGCGUGGGUGCACAUAUGGACAGUCAAGGAAGGCAAACUGGUUCAGCUCCAGGAAUACUGGAACACAGCUGUCUCAAUCAACUCCAGUGCUUGCUUAACUUCGGACUCGUGUUGUUCGAAGCGGCAAUUACCAUUGCAGUCCACAUCUCCAAUUAUUUGGCAGAGCAAACUCUGGCAUGAUGUGAAUAACACCAAACCUGGACUUAUCUUGACUAUAUGAAGCGAAGCAUGCUUUGUUAACUAUUGCGGAGAGGUUGCAAUGUACACCUUUGAUUCAUUCGACCAAGUUGUUGACACCUUUGUAACCGGCUCGAGAAAUAACCCUCAUCUGCUUGAAUAACACUCAUCUAUUUCCUGCGAGAUGUUAACAUUCACAGGCAUCAUGAAAAUCAUGUUGACGAGCCAUCCCAGAUGCGAGAACUAUAUAACUAUUUAUAUAUAUAUAUAUAUAUAUAUAUAUCAUAACUAUAUAACUAUAUAAUUAUAUAUAUCAUAGAACUAUAUAAUGUUCUGUUAGCUCCUGACCUGAUACUGUCUCCCAGUCCUGUGCGUGAUGAGCAAUUUUAGAUCUGUUUCUUAACUUCCGGGUUUGGGCGGGGAAAUAGGAAUGAUGUUGAUAUGAACUAAGUAAAAGCUUGGAUAGCAACGUAAAGUUCCGAUUGAACUUUGUAAGAACAGUUAAUUGAAUUGUGUUCAUUA